AUGGAGACUCCUUACUCCACCCAAACCAACACUGCAGCUACCAGCCGGACAGUAUCUGUGGGAUCUGGCCCUGGACAGACCGAUUACCUCGACCUCCCCGUCCGUGAAUUGAACGAUGGCGCCGACCUUCGCGAAUAUACGACCGAGACACAAACCGGUGAAAUCAUCAAGCCAAUCAAGUCGAACGUUACUGGUAAAUUGGAAGACUGGAAAUUAGUCACGUUCACUAUCGAUGACCCCGAGAACCCGAAGAACUGGUCGAAGGCCUACAAAUGGUACUGUACCAUGGUCGUCGCCUUCACCUGCUUCGUUGUCGCAUUCUGCAGUAGUGUCAUCACAGCCAAUUUGGAAGGACCAAUGGAGGAUUUCCAUGUGGCUCGUGAAGUCAGUCUGCUCGUUGUCACUGUCUUCGUUAUUGGAUUUGGUGUUGGACCUAUGGUCUUUGCUCCACUAUCAGAGAUGGUUGGACGGCGACCAGUAUAUGCAGUUACACUUCUCCUUGCCGUCAUCUUCGUCAUCCCAUGUGCUGUUUCUAAGAACAUUGGAACAUUGAUUGUUUGCCGUCUGAUUGAUGGCAUUGCAUUCAGUGCGCCGAUGACUCUGGUCGGAGGUACUCUGGCAGAUCUUUGGAAAAAUGAGGAGCGUGGUGUCCCAAUGGCUGCAUUCAGUGCCGCUCCUUUCAUUGGCCCUGCAAUUGGUCCUUUGGCUGGUGGUUUCCUCGGUGACAACUGCGGUUGGCGCUGGCUUUACUGGCUCCAGCUGAUUUUGUCCUUUGUUGCAUGGGUUUUGAUUACCUUCACCGUCCCCGAGACCUAUGCCCCAAUUUUGCUGAAGAAGCGAGCUGCGAAACUGCGCAAGACCGAGAACGACCCUAAGUACACCACCGAAACUGAGCUUGAUCCUCGCCCUCUGGGCCAGAAGCUUCGUAUCUUCCUCUUCCGACCUUUUCAGCUGCUCUUCCUGGAGCCUAUCGUCUUGUUCAUCUCCCUGUACAUGUCAGUGCUCUACGGUCUGCUCUACAUGUUCUUCGUUGCCUAUCCCAUCGUAUACCAAGCUGGCAAGGGCUGGUCCGCCUCCAUGACUGGUCUUAUGUUCAUCCCUCUGGCCAUCGGUGUGCUCAUGAGUGCUGCUUGUGCUCCCUUUGUUAACAAGCACUACCUCAAGAUUUCCGCGGAAUGCGGUGGGAAGCCUCCGGCUGAGAAGCGUCUGAUUCCCAUGAUGUUCUCUUGCUGGCUCAUUCCUAUUGGUCUUUUCAUUUUCGCCUGGACCUCGUACCCUACUGUCCACUGGAUCGGUCCCGCAAUCGGCGGAUGGCCUGUCGGGUUUGGAUUCAUUUUCUUGUACAACUCCGCUAACAAUUAUCUUGUUGAUACUUAUCAACACCAAGCCGCUUCGGCGCUGGCAGCAAAAACCUUCAUUCGCUCCAUGUGGGGUGCGUCUACCGUCCUGUUCACAGAGCAGAUGUAUAACCGCCUCGGCUACCAGUGGGCCAGUUCCCUUCUCGCCUUCCUUGCCUUGGCAUGCUGCGCUAUUCCUUAUGCGUUCUACUUCAAGGGCGCGUCCAUUCGCCGUUUCUCCAGAUUUGCCUUCAGUGACGAUGAGGAGCAGCAAGGUGUAAAGGCUUAA